UGGCGGGUAGUCCAAAACUAAACACAGCUAUUUUAAGACUUGCUGAACCGGUAUGGGACAAUGACAACAGAGGGUGUGAGAAAGGGUGGAAGUCUGGGUAUGGGAUCGUGCCGUUUCAGACCCUAAAACAAUAUCAACUGGCACUCGAAGGACCUACUUAACUGCCCAGAUUCAUUCAAAUACUUGAGAAAAAUGAUGGUUAUCCUGGUAUUAACCAUGUUUUUAGUGAUGCUGACUCCCUGUGACUGUCAACAAGGUCUGAGGUUUGUUGAGAAUUUGAUCACAAGACUAGAGAAAACUGGUGUGAGUGAAAAUACUAAACCAGGUACCUACCUCGGAACACUACAAUGCGCCGAUGAUCUUCCUGAAACUUACUUCAGAUACUAUGCCACAAACACUGAUUCCAUCAAUGUUAACCAGGUGACUGGAAAUGUCACUCUCAGAAAGCAGUUUGACUUUGAGCAAGUUUCCAACAAUCUGGAUCCUAAUGUAAAGCCAAACUCGGUCACCUUUCGGUGCACAGACAACAGAAAUGAUCCUGUUAAAGGACCUUUAACUUUACAAGAAGCUUCUGUAGAUCUCACCAUCGCAGUCACAGAUUUCAAUGACAAUGCACCAAAGUUUGCUGUUCCUGCUGAAGGGUGGACUCUCUUUGUUGGAGAGGAAGCCUCUGUUGGCACAGUCAUUGCUAAGGGAUUGACCAUCACGGAUGCAGACAGGGGAGCGAAUGCCCAGCUGUUUACCCUGGGAUUUAAUUGCACUAAGGAUACAGAUGUGUGCUCCACAUUUAGCAUCAGCUACACCUCAAUAUCAGAAGGAAAGUAUAAUUUUUCCAUACGGCUGAUAAAAAAUCUGGACUAUGAAACUAGAUCUGAAUACCAGACGGCUGUUUAUGCUGUGGAUGGGCUGGGAACUACAGAUGUCCCUCACCUGACAAGCAGUGUUGGUCUCCAGAUCAUUGUGUCAGACUAUCAGGAUCAAAAUCCUGUGUUUAAAAAUCAGAACAAUAACUUUCAGAUAGAUGAAGGACUGCCAUUGGGAUCUCUUGUCAAUUUUGCAUUAUUGGCCCAAGAUGGUGAUUUAGGUGCUCGACGUCCAAUUGCUUUUGAGAUUCCACAAGGCUUUUUCCGUCUGAGACCACCUGUUCUGCUUGACCAGGGUAUCUAUUCUGCACAACUUGAGGUCAAUGCACCAAUAGACAGAGAGGCAACGCCUAAUGGAUAUAUAUUUACAGCUAGGGCAACAGAACUUGACAAUGGAACACUAACAAAUGCAACAGUAACUAAAGAUUUUAGCUGCAUCAUCAGGGACUUGAAUGACAAUGGCCCAGUUUUUGAUAACUCCACAUACAGCGUGGAAGUUCCAGAGGUUAACACAGACAGAGCUAGGGAGCAGAUCCCUAACUUUGUCAUGGUGGUUACAGAUAAAGACGAGCCUAGCAAUGCACGGUUUAGACUGGAUAUUGUGAGCCAGACAUUUUCUGGUGCAUUUUCUCUAACACCAGAUGGAGUCGUCACAGGAACUACCAAUUUUUACCUGAUAAUGACCAAUAUGUACAGAGAUUACGAUGUGCCAGCAUACAGAACUCAAACUGCUGUUAUAAAAGCAACUGAAGUUCUUAACAAUGGUUCAACAGGACCACAGACCAGCUUAGUCACGAUAAAAGUCACUCUUACAGACAUCAACGACAACGAUCCAGCAUUCAAUCAAUCACAGUUUGUUGGAUAUGUACCAGAAACAGCAGUUAACUUCACAGUCAUAGCUGUAGAUAUACGUGCCUCAGAUGAUGAUUCUGGGCAGAAUGCAAAAAUUGUCUACAGCUUGCAGGACAAUGUCAGGGAUAUAUUUUAUAUAGAGCAAGACACUGGCAUUCUUCGGCUCAUUGGGCAGCUGGACUACGAGAAGCAAAGGGAGUACUCAUUCCAGGUUUAUGCCUCAGAUAAAGGAGACAGACCUCGAAGUGCUCAGGCUCCAGUCACAAUCUAUGUUCAGGAUGUCAAUGAUGUAGCACCACAAUUCACCCAGGGUCUUUACACUGCACGAGUGUCUGAGAGCAGCUUGGUAUUUGAAGGACAAGUGCAAGUUCAGGCCACAUCCUUUCAGCAACUCCAACUCCACGAUCACAUACAGAAUUGUUUCGGGCAACACGCCUACGAAUACCUUUGUCCUUGACCCUGUAACAGGCAUCCUUACACUGAGGGAUCUUUUGGACUAUGAGGCUACACCAGAUGGGAAGGGCUUCUACACCUUAUCUGUUGAAGCAUCAGACAAUGGCCAACCACCAUUAACAACAAGUUGCUAUAUCCGUGUUACUGUUUUGGAUGAGAAUGAUCAUUCCCCAAAGUUCAGUCCAACAGUAUACUAUUUCACUCUUGCAGAGACUGUAGCACCAGGUACUGUGGUGGCUAACUUAAAUGCCACUGAUGAGGACUCUGGAAGCAAUGGUGAAAUCAAAUACCGCA